UUGGAACCUGUUGUCUGACGUGGCCAAAAAACAAUCGCCAUCUUGAGGAAGGAAACGCCUUGAUGAGGAAAGUCUUGACAGCCAACUAACAACUGUUUCUUUUUACCAUAGUUGAUUCCCAUCACCGGCAUCAUGGGGAAUAUGUUUGCAGGCCUGUUUAAAAUGUUCGGUAAGAAAGAGAUGAGAAUUCUCAUGGUGGGUCUCGACGCCGCAGGGAAAACAACAAUUCUUUACAAGCUCAAACUUGGAGAAAUUGUGACUACCAUCCCAACCAUAGGUUUUAACGUGGAAACAGUGGAGUACAAGAGUAUAAGUUUUACUGUGUGGGAUGUCGGCGGUCAAGACAAAAUUCGACCGUUGUGGCGUCACUACUUUCAGAACACACAGGGUCUCAUCUUCGUAGUGGACAGCAACGACAGAGAGCGAGUGAACGAAGCCAGGGAAGAGCUGAUGAGGAUGUUGGCAGAAGACGAGUUGAGAGAGGCUGUGCUAUUAGUCUUUGCAAACAAACAGGACCUCCCGAAUGCAAUGGACGCAGCUGAGAUCACAGACAAGCUUGGACUUCAUUCCCUCCGCCAUAGAAACUGGUACAUCCAGGCCACCUGUGCCACAAGUGGGGAUGGGCUCUAUGAAGGACUGGAUUGGUUGUCUAAUCAGUUGAAGAACCAGAAAUAACUCACUUCUGCUCUAACCUUCCAUCCUGUACCUUCACUACCCUGCUCUGUACCCCUUCUGAUGUUGCAAAUUGAGCUACUCUGUCAAAAAAAAAAAAAAAAAUGAAACAAAACAAAAAGUACUCGAAGCUGCCCUCAUUACAUCUCUAGUUACAAUACAUACAACGGCCCAGGUGGGACUAUCCCAUCUUGGAAAGCUGUCAGGUUUCUUAUUUAAUGUAAAUAGUCAUGUUCUGGUUAUGAGGCAGCUUAUUGCACACUUACACACAAACACCCUGCCAUGGUUGUUUCCCUUCCUGUCCCAUAGGCGCACAUAAGUGGAAAAGGGAGGCUAAAACAUAAUAAUGUAACCAGCCGUCAUGUGAGCUACCCCGAUCCCAGCCGGAGUAGUAUUUACAUCGAGCGUAUGAUAGUCGCUGGUCGUUUGUACUGUACUGAGGAGCGAUGAGUCAUUGCGGGCUAACUAUUCUGAACGAUACACAGAUGCACUACUUGCAACUACUUUUGGAUACCUUAAAUUGCAACCGUAUCCUGCUCCAGCGUACAAUUGAGCAAACACUGGCGUUACCAAGUUGUACUGUUUGAACUGUGAAAGUAACAAGAUGAACCCUAAAACAAAAGUCGGCUUCAAAGUCAGUCCGUCUGCUUCAAAGAGGAGUCUUGUCAGCAUUUACCAGCCUUUGUGGUCUAUCAGAUGUUAUAACUUCAAUUGAUAAGUGGAUGCCAUAAACCGUGUAUUCUUUUUAAAUAUCUCAUUCACACGCUUUUUUGAUUGCAGAGAUCCUGUCUGUUUAGUCUGACAGCAUCUCAGGUUAAUCGUGUUCAUGAGCCUGAAUGAGCAAAAAACGCAUGAUGUGGUUUGUUGGACUUGUCAGACAUGCAAUUGAUUGUCUAACUGGACUGGCUAAUUGAUUGUUUACAUUUUAAGCCUGUACAAGCAUCCUGUCACCAUACUGUCAGCUCGUGCCCAAGGGUUGGGCUGUACUGAUGAGGGACUUAAAGCAGUCACUCACUGAUGUCCUCUGAGUGCUCAGAAUCCAUCAAGACAUUGUGCCAUGCCUUUUUAACGAGAAUGGUAAAAUAUAUAUUUAUCUUUUGGAGCCAGGCAUUUUGAUGGCAAUACAAAAUCUGUAUGAUGAGCUACAUGUUUAACAUAGUGCUAGUUUUUCUUUAUUUUUAAUAAUGUCCUUUGCUUAAUUCUUUUGGGGUGCUUCAGUCCUCUUGUCAAAGAUGCUGUUCCUUACCUUUAUUUUUAUCUAAAGGUCUGGGUGUUAUAUGCUCUGAAAUCGUUUUAGUCUAUAAAGCAAAGUGGUGCAUUAAACCCAUGUUUGAUAACUGAAUGCCUGAAUCUUUGUAGAAAAAAAAAAUGUAUAUUAAUCUAUUAUCAAACUUUGUCUCAAUGUAUUUUUUAAGUAACGUUAUGUCAUCUUUCAUUUUGUGAGAAAAGCACUGUAAUAAAGGAGAUUGGAGAAAA